AUGGCUGGCUGCCAUGGGUGCAGUACUUGCGGACUGGUCUAUGCCGACGUCACGGAUCGCACGACUCUUCUGCGCAAUGCCGAGCAGCGGUAUGGCACCGAUCCCGAGGGCAUUUAUUUGGCGCUGCAGGACGUGGUCAAUGAUGCCACGCUCCCGGAAGAUGAGCUGCAGGGCCAGCUGCUGUGGCACUUUGCCCGGGCCUGCCACGACAUGGCGGCUGAACUCAGCAACAAGGAGGAGAAGAAACGCCUGAUCUACGAGGGCUACGCUGCCGCCGAGCGGGCUGUCGUCUAUGCUCCUCAGGUCAGCGCGGCCCACAAGUGGAUGGCCAUCAUGAUCUCUGAUGUCGGCGAUUUUGAAGGUCUCAAAGCCAAGCUGCUCAAGUCAUACACCAUGAAGGAACAUUUUCAAAAAGCCAUCGAGCUCAACCCCAAGGACGCCACCUCCCGUCACCUUUUGGGCGUCUGGUGCUUCUCCUUUGCUGACCUCCCAUGGUAUCAGCGAAAGGCAGCAGCAGCCGUUUUUGCAACCCCACCCAGUAGCACCUACGAGGAGGCUCUUGCCAACUUUGAGCAGGCCGAAGCCACCGAACCUGGGUUUUACACGAAGAAUGCCUACUACUUGGGCCUGACGUACGCCCGAUUGGGUCGUAAGGAGGAGGCUCGGCGCUGGCUGGAGACCUGUCUGGAAAUGCCCGCCAACAACGCCGACGACAAGGAGGCACACACCCUGGCUGCAGCUGCGCUCAAGCAAGUUUAAAGGCAUUAGCGUGACUGCUCAGAGCCCCCCCGUCUUGCUUUGCGCUUUUUUUUCUCUUUCACUUUUCACGGACUGGAAGCAAACGGACGACCAAUGAAGUCACCACGCGCGCGCCCAAAAUCAAUUUGGUUGUAUCAC